GAAGACGAAGAAAGAAGAUAACGAAACACACUGACACACGAAAGCAUGAACGGAGCUUCGCUCUGCAAUUCCCUCCUGCUCCAUUCUCGCUUCAAAUCACCGUGUUCAAUCUCUUCCUCUUCUUCUCCUUCAUGUGCUUAUCUGGUUUCUCCCUGCUUCACAACCUCUGCACACAUCUCAUUUCCUCGAGCAGUCGUUGUCAAAAGGAGUGAUGGGUUUCGUCCGCCCGCUGUAAACAAACGUAGAAGCAGUACAGAAGAGGAUGUAGAAGAAGAAGAAGAAGAGGAUGAAGAAGAUUGGGAUGAGUUUGAUGAAGAUGGAGACGAAGACGAAGACGAAGGAGAGUUCUUGCCAAUGGAUAAGAUGAAACAAUGGCUAGAGAAGAAGCCACGCGGGUUCGGCGUUGGCAAAAAGUACGAGACUUCAAUAGAAGACAAGCUCCUCGAGGAGAUUGAGCAGAGCUGGAAAGCUCAAGCUGCUAAUCUCAACAACCUCAAGACCAACGAUCCUCUCAAACGCGACCAUAAUAAUAAUAAUAAUAAUAAUAAUCUCAUCAAAGGUGAAACUCAAAGUGGGUACCGUGUUCGUGUGACCAAUCUUCCUAAGAAGAAGAAUGUUCACAGAGAUCUCAAGGCGGCUUUUAAAGAAGUGAGUGGGGUGUUGAAGUUAGCACCGGCUGUGUCUGGGAAUAAGAAGACUAAAGAUCCUGUCUGUAAAGGGUUCGCUCUUGUUGAUUUCAAAACCGGGGUUGAUGCUAACAGGUUUGUGGAGCAAUUCGAUGGACAGAGGUUGUCAUUUGGGAAGGUUGUGAAGCAGAUAAAAUGUCAGGUUGUGGAGUUUGCUGCUUCGAACCAAUCAGUUUCUGAGGAGCUACGCUCGGAUACCGUCUUUGAGGAGCUUCCUUUUCCUGGUUUUGAGGCAGUUUCUAGUGUUGAUGUUGUGGAAGAAGAUGCUUCUGUGGAUUCGUGGGAAGAUGAGUCAUCAGAUGAUUCAGACAAAGAUGUAGAUGAAGUGGAAGAAGAAGAAGAAUGUAUCAUAGAAUCUCCCAAAGUACAAACCAAUGUAAGGUCUAAGAAACAAGCUGUGAAGCGAGAGACUAGAGAACAGGAGGAGUUAGAGACACCUUUAGUUUCAUUCCAGGCACUGAAUAAACCCGAGGAAGCUGUGGCAGAAGCACAUGUGGAUGAUGAUGAUGAUGAUGAACAUGAUAGGUCUGAUGAAGAAGAGGAAGUUGCUGAAGAGAAUCUUGAACCUCUGAAUAGUUCAGUGUCAUCCUUAGAUGAGGAAAGGAUUGAGAGAAUCCGUAGGCUGGAGCUGAAGCUUCUAGGUAGAGAAAAAGUAUUGGGUGGAGGAGCUGUCUCUGAUAAACCAGAAGCAAAAACUGGUGGUAGAGUGGAAGGAGAGAAGAAGAAGGAGAAGAAGAAGAAGAAGAAAAAGAUUCUUGUGAAAGGGAAGAAGUCCUCAACCAUAGAGAUUCCUGGAUCUUCAAAGAGGUUAAAGAUGAAGGAGAAGGCUCUGUUAACUGGGGUCUUAGUCAAGUAUGCAGCAAAAGCUGCUUCAACCUCAAAUGAUGAAUGAGAUCACUAGGAGCAGAGUGAAUAUUUGAAGUGUUUAGUCUCAUCAUGUCUUCUUUUGACGUUUCAAUUCAUGGAUAUUGUCCUUAGGAAUGCAUCACGGAUGCGCAUGCGCAUGCAUGCUCAAGCUAACUUGGGUACAGAUCUCUGUGGUUUAGAAUCCUUUUGGACCCCUUUCUCUUAUAUGGUUUGUGUUUUAUUAUAGAUAUGUUGAAAGUCAA